GCCACCCAUUAUGGCGAAACUUUUGUUUUGAUGAGAGGUGUGUGAAUUAAGAAUCGGUCAGUGAAUGUUUUAUGCGCACAGAAUUGAGAGGGUGAUAUGCUGGUAGCUACUGUUUAACAGCCUGUAAUAAUGCUACAAAUUAUAGGUGAUGAAGUCUAACGUAUGCAAUUUAUAACUAAAGAAUGACGAAGUUUGAAGGUUACUUUCAAUAGCUGUCGGCUUCGUUAUCCGCCGGCCUCGUUAGCUCGCGCUCCCAUCAUCGACGACGACGACGACGACGACGACGACGACGACGGCGGCGGCCCGCCCGGCCACCGGCGGCGAGAUUCUGCGUCGACGCGGCUGGAAGCACAUGGAGAUGGGAAUCAGAGUUGUGAGGGGGCGCGACUGGAAGUGUGGGAACCAGGACAGCGGUGAGGGACACGUUGGCUCCAUCGUCGAGAUCGGUCAGGCCGGGAGCACGGCGACACCGGACAAGACCGUCGUCGUGCAGUGGGACUCGGGGUCGAGGACUAAGUACCGGGUCGGCUACCAGGGGGCGUACGAUCUGCGGAUUUACGACAACGCGCCGAUAGGAGUCAAGCAUCCCAACAUAAUCUGUGAUACCUGCAAGAAGCAUGGCAUUAAGGGCAUGCGCUGGAAGUGUACUAAGUGCUUCGACUACGACCUGUGCACCGUCUGUUACAUGAGUGACAAACACGACAUUAGCCAUCCGUUCAUGCGAUAUGACACGUCCGCAUCUGUAGGGCUAGCAGGAUUCUACUAUGAGAGAUCACUCUCCAUACUAGGUAAAGCAGCGGGAUUCUACUACAGAGUCACCUCCCCAUUACUAGGUAAGCCAGGGAUUCUACCUACAGAGACUCACAUCCCCCAUACUAAGGUAAUCAAGCAGGGAUUUCUACUAGCAGAGAUCACUCCCAUACUAGGUAAAGCGCGGAUCUCUACUAUAGAGAUCACCCCCCUUACUAGCGUAAGCCUAGGGUUCUCUAUAGAGAUUACACUCCCCAUACUAGGUAAGCAGGGAUUCUACUAUAGAGAUCACCUCCCCAUACUAGGUAAGCAGGGAUUCUACUAUAGAGAUCACCUCCCCAUACUAGGUAAGCAGGGAUUCUACUACAGAGAUCACCUCCCCAUACUAGGUCAGCAAGCGGAGCAAGUAGUUGCAUCAUCCAGCAUUCAGUAUCAGAGGUUUAAUGUUGGAGAUCGUGUCACGUGCUCGCUGGUAAUGGAAACACUGGAAGCAAUGCAGGAGGGACACGGCGGAUGGGACCCACGCAUGGCUGAGUAUAAAAGCCCAGGUAAAGAUCAGGAUUUACUGGUCAGGGAAGCUGCUCAAGGUCAUUUAGAGGCUGUCACUGCUUUUGUGGAUAGUUCCCCAGACAAGGUUGAUGUAAAGAGUAGUGGUAAAACAGCCCUACAGGUGGCAGCACAUCAGGGUCAUCUUGAGAUUGUGCUCUAUCUCCUGCUGAGGAAGUCAAAUUUAGAAAUACAGGAUGAUGAUGGAGAUACAGCCCUUCAUUACUCUGCCUUCGGCAACCAACCAGGCGUUAUGGAAGAACUUCUGCAACACGGAGCGAAGAUUAAUACUCUCAAUAGGGGGCGCUGCUCCGCGCUGCACGUGGCGGUCAAUAAGCAGCAUGUGCAUUGUGUGAAGGUGCUUCUAAAACACAAGUGCAGCGUGAACAUCCAGUUAAUGCUGGUGAUUAGUGACGUCAUAGACUUGCUCAUCAACGGCCCUAGCGUCGACUUCUCCCUGAGGAACAAACGCGGUUUCAACGUCCUUCACCAUGGUUCGCUUAAGGGAAACAACUAUGCUGUGGAAAAGUUACUACAGAAGACGAGGCAGAUUGUUGACGUGAAAAAGGACGAUGGCUUUGCAGCAUUGCACCUAGCAGCUUUGAACGGACACACACAGGUCGCAGACACCUUACUCACUCAGGGUGGGUGUGAUAUCAACAUCUGUAACAACAGGAAGCAGACGCCGCUGCUAUUGGCUGUCAGUCAGAUGCAUGCAGCAAUUGUAGAGCUGCUGGCAGAGCAUGGUGCGAACGUGGAUGCUGAGGAUGAAGAUGCUGAUCGAGCCGUACACCUGGCGCUGUCGCGGUCUGCCACCGUCGACGCCGUGCUCGAAAACUCACCGCGUCUCUCAACCAUCAUGUCUGAGCUAGAGGUCAGGGGACUGUGCCAAAACAUUGGUCUGGCUAUGGCCUGCUACCUUGCACAAAAGGGUGCCAAUCUAGCGCACAGAAAUAAAGAACGGAAGUGUCCACUGGACUAUGUCAACGUUCAACUGGCUGAAGUCAUCAAGUAUUACGCCAGCUUGUCUCUACUGGAAAGUGCACCGUGCCCCUCGUCCGCUACCAUGGCAACUGACACGUUGCCACCGGAGGACAUUUUGUUGUGUAUGAUAUGUGACGAGCCACGCCACCUGGUGACGUUUAAGCCGUGUGAACAUCGGGUGGCUUGUGACGAGUGUUGCAUCAGAAUGAAGCGAUGUAUGACAUGUCAAAGUCCCAUCGCUACUAAGCUAGACACAGUGUCAUUUGCACCGUGCCCCUCGUCCGCUACCAUGGCAACUGACACGUUGCCACCAGAGGAGAUUUUGUUGUGUAUGAUAUGUGACGAGCCACGCCACCUGGUGACGUUUAAGCCGUGUGAACAUCGGGUGGCUUGUGACGAGUGCUGCAUCAGAAUGAAGCGCUGUAUGACAUGUCAAAGUCCCAUCGCUACUAAGCUAGACACAGGUGGUCAGGUGGUGGUCGCGGCGGCGGCGGCGGCGGGUCAGCGUAACAUCACCGAGCGACAGAUCGAGGAGCUGGUGAGCCGCAUGCAGGAGAUGGAGGAACACAUCGUCUGCUCGAUCUGCAUGGAGCGCAAGCGAAACAUCGCGUUCUUGUGCGGGCACGGCGCGUGCCAGCCGUGCGCGCUCACGCUCAAGACCUGCCACAUGUGUCGCGAACGCAUCACGAAGCGCAUCAAUCUCUACUGA